CUCGCGAGAGCGGCGGGCGUGAGGGACGCGGAGCGGCCGCGGGGCCGGGCCGGGAACCGGGACCGGAACCGGGGACAGGAACGGGACAGGAGCCGGGACAGGGGCCGGGAACCGCCGCAGGAGCCGGGCCCGGAGCGGAGAGCCGCGGGACCGCCCCAGACCCCCCAGAGCCCCCAGGACCCCCUGAAGCCCCCCAGCCCCCCGGCAUGUCGGACAGCGAGGACAGCAACUUCUCGGAGGAGGAGAGCGAGCGCAGCAGCGACGAGGGCGACGAGCGCGAGGCCGAGGAGCAGCGCGGGGGGGGCAGCGGGAAGGAGGAGGCCGAGGAGGAGGAGGAGGAGGAGGAAGAGGAGGAGGAGGAGGAGGAGUACGACGAGGAGGAGGAGGAGGAGGAGGACGAUGACCGGCCGGCCAAGAAACCCCGGCACGGGGGCUUCAUCCUGGACGAGGCUGACGUCGACGAUGAGUACGAGGAUGAAGAUCAGUGGGAGGACGGGGCCGAGGACAUCCUGGAGAAAGAGGAGAUCGAAGCCUCCAACAUCGACAACGUGGUGCUGGACGAGGAUCGCUCGGGGGCGCGGCGCCUGCAGAACCUCUGGAGGGACCAGCGCGAGGAGGAGCUGGGCGAGUACUACAUGAAGAAAUACGCCAAGUCCUCCGUGGGGAGACGUGACGUUUACGGCGGCUCGGACGAGCUCUCGGACGACAUCACCCAGCAGCAGCUGCUGCCCGGAGUGAAGGACCCCAAUCUCUGGACUGUGAAGUGCAAGAUUGGCGAGGAGCGCGCCACGGCCAUCGCACUCAUGCGCAAAUUCAUCGCGUACCAGUACACGGAGACGCCCCUGCAGAUCAAGUCGGUGGUGGCCCCCGAGCACGUGCGGGGGUACCUGUACGUGGAGGCCUACAAGCAGACCCACGUGAAGCAGGCCAUCGAGGGCGUGGGCAACCUGCGCCUGGGCUACUGGAACCAGCAGAUGGUGCCCAUCAAGGAGAUGACCGACGUGCUCAAGGUGGUCAAGGAGGUCACCAACCUCAAGCCCAAGGCCUGGGUGCGCCUCAAGAGGGGCAUCUACAAGGACGACAUCGCCCAGGUGGAUUACGUGGAGCCCAGCCAGAACCAGAUCUCCCUGAAGAUGAUCCCCAGGAUCGACUUCGACCGCAUCAAAGCCCGGAUGAGCCUGAAGGACUGGUUCGCCAAGCGCAAGAAGUUCAAGCGGCCGCCGCAGCGGCUUGAUGCCGAGAAGAUCCGGUCCCUGGGCGGGGACGUGGCCUCCGACGGCGACUUCCUGAUCUUCGAGGGCAACCGCUACAGCCGCAAGGGCUUCCUGUUCAAGAGCUUCGCCAUGUCGGCCGUGAUCACGGAGGGCGUCAAGCCCACCCUGUCCGAGCUGGAGAAAUUCGAGGACCAACCCGAGGGCAUCGACCUGGAGGUGGUGACCGAGAGCACAGGGAAGGAGCGGGAGCACAACUUCCAGCCGGGCGACAACGUGGAGGUGUGCGAGGGGGAGCUCAUCAACCCAGGCAAAAUCCUCAGCGUGGACGGCAACAAGAUCACCAUCAUGCCCAAGCACGAGGACCUCAAGGACAUGCUGGAGUUCCCGGCGCAGGAGCUGCGGAAAUACUUCAGGAUGGGCGACCACGUCAAGGUGAUCGCCGGGCGCUUCGAGGGGGACACCGGGCUCAUCGUCAGGGUGGAGGAGAACUUCGUGAUCCUCUUCUCCGACCUCACCAUGCACGAGCUGAAGGUGCUGCCCCGGGACCUGCAGCUCUGCUCCGAGACGGCCUCGGGCGUGGACGUGGGGGGGCAGCACGAGUGGGGGGAGCUGGUGCAGCUGGACCCCCAAACCGUGGGGGUCAUCGUGCGCCUGGAGCGGGAGACCUUCCAGGUGCUGAACAUGUACGGCAAGGUGGUGACGGUGCGGCACCAGGCCGUCAGCCGCAAGAAGGACAAUCGCUUCGCCGUGGCGCUGGACUCGGAGCAGAACAACAUCCACGUCAAGGACAUCGUCAAAGUCAUCGACGGCCCCCACUCCGGCCGCGAGGGCGAGAUCCGCCACCUGUUCCGCGGCUUCGCCUUCCUGCACUGCAAGAAGCUGGUGGAGAACGGCGGCAUGUUCGUCUGCAAGACGCGGCACCUGGUGCUGGCGGGGGGCUCCAAGCCCCGGGACGUCACCAACUUCGCCAUGUGCGGCUUCACGCCGAUGUCGCCCCGCAUCAGCAGCCCCAUGCACCCCAGCGGGGCCGGUGAGUGCCUUUGGGGAGGGGUCCCGGGGGGCUCUGGGGACCCUCGGGGGCCCCGCUGAGCCCCCCACCCACCCCCGCAGGGCAGAGGGGCGGAUUUGGGGCCGGGGGGCUGAGCCGGGGGCCGCGGGCGCCGCGACAACGACCUGAUCGGGCAGACGGUGCGCAUCUCCCAGGGGCCCUACAAAGGGUACAUCGGGGUGGUGAAGGACGCCACGGAGUCGACGGCGCGCGUGGAGCUGCACUCGACGUGCCAGACGAUCUCGGUGGACAGGCAGAGGCUGACCACCGUGGGGUCCCGGCGCCCCGGGGGUCUCACCUCGGCCUACGGGAGGACCCCGAUGUACGGCUCGCAGACCCCCAUGUACGGCUCGGGGUCCCGCACGCCCAUGUACGGCUCGCAGACCCCGCUGCAUGACGGGAGCCGCACCCCCCACUACGGCUCGCAGACCCCCCUGCACGACGGGAGCAGGACCCCGGCCCAGAGCGGGGCCUGGGACCCCAACAACCCCAACACGCCCUCCAGGGCCGACGAGGAUUUCGAGUACGGCUUCGAGGACGAGCCCACCCCCUCCCCCCAGGGCUACGGGGGCACCCCCAACCCGCAGACCCCGGGGUACCCCGACCCCGCGUCCCCCCAAGUCAGCCAGCCCUACAACCCCCAGACCCCCGGCACGCCCGCCAUGUACAACACGGAGCAGUUCUCGCCCUACGCCGUCCCCUCCCCCCCAGGGCUCCUACCAGCCCAGCCCUCCCCCCAGAGCUACCACCAGGUGGCCCCGAGCCCGGUGGGCUACCAGAACACGCACUCGCCGGCCAGCUACCACCCCACGCCCUCCCCCAUGGCCUACCAGGCCAGCCCCAGCCCCAGCCCGGUGGGCUACAGCCCCAUGACCCCUGGGGCCCCCUCCCCGGGGGGGUACAACCCCCACACGCCGGGCUCGGGCAUCGAGGCCAGCGGGGGGGACUGGGUGACCACGGACAUCCAGGUGAAGGUCAGGGACUCGUACCUGGACAGCGCGGCCGUGGGCCAGACCGGCGUCAUCCGCAGCGUCACGGGCGGGAUGUGCUCGGUGUACCUGAAGGACAGCGAGAAGGUGGUGAGCGUGUCCAGCGAGCACCUGGAGCCCGUCACGCCCACCAAGAGCAACAAGGUGAAGGUGAUUUUGGGGGAGGACCGCGAGGCCACCGGGAUCCUGCUGAGCAUCGACGGCGAGGACGGCAUCGUGCGCAUGGACCUGGAGGAGCAGCUCAAGAUCCUCAACCUGCGCUUCCUGGGCAAGCUGCUGGAGGCCUGAGCCCCCCCGCAGCCCCCAGCCCCACUGCCCCCCGCCCCGCCCCCCUCCUGCCCCUUUUUUCCUCCUUUUUUUCCCCAUUUUUUUUCCCAUUUUUUGCCCCAUUUUUCCCAUUUUUCGCCCAUUUUUUGGCCAUUUUUUGCC